AUGCAGCGGUUGCAGCAGAAGGUUGUCCGCAGCGUACAGCUCCGCAGCGCGGCCGAGGCCAUUCCGGCCUCCGCGAACAAGCUAGCUCAAGUCAUCUUCGUGUCCAAGGCUGGCGACAAGGCUGCGCUCCAGAAGUCUCUACCCAUGGACCUGCCCGAGCAAGCGCUCGACGACUUUGCUGGCGACGCCAAGGAGACCAUGCUGCUGUACCCUGGGGAAGGUCCACGCACACUCCUCGUCGGUCUCGGUGACAAGAUUGAUGAAGUUUCGCUCCGCGAUGCGACGCAUGAAGCCAUUGCGCAGCUCUCAGCCAAGGGUGUCCAGCAGGCGUACUUGAAGGCGCCGUCUGUGGCCUCGAUCCCUGACCGCCGUGUCGCCGAGCUCAUGACGCAGACGUCGCUUCUCUCAAACUACCGCUUCGACCGCCACGCCAGCGCCGAGUUUGCUUCGGACGUGGCCGAGAAGCUCCUUGUCGCGGAAGAGACGCUGCUGGCACGGAACCUCGGGAACGAGCGCUCGGACAUCGUGGACCCUGCGUUUGUCGAGGAGAUUGCACGGGCGUCGGCGUCGGAGCUGCCAAACCUCACGGUCAAGGUGCUGCAGGACGCAGACUUGCGCGCCGAGGGCAUGAACAUGAUGGUGCUCGUGGGCCAGGCCGCGGUUGUGCCGCCGCGCCUUGUGAUCCUCGAGUACAGUGGCAACCCGUCGGCGCCGUCCGAGAAAAUCGCGCUCGUCGGCAAGGGAAUCACCUUUGACACGGGCGGUCUCAACCUCAAGCCCACGGGCUUCAUCGAGGACAUGCACACCGACAUGUGCGGUGCCGCUGCCGUCCUCGGCGCUGUGCGCGCGGCCGCCAAGGCCAACCUGCCCGUGAACGUCGUCGCCGUGCUCGCGCUCGCAGAGAACGCGAUCGGUUCCAAGGCCGCCAAGCCGCACACGAUCGUCCAGUCGCACAAGGGCUUGACGGUCGAAGUCAACAACACGGACGCCGAAGGUCGCCUCGUGCUGGGCGACGCGCUCUCGUACGUCCAGCGCUACUACGCGCCGCACACGGUCAUUGACGUCGCCACGCUCACGGGCGCUUGCAUCGUCGCCCUUGGCGAGUACACGGCGGGUCUCUUCUCCAACUCGGACACGCUGGCGACGGCGCUCAUCGACGCGGGCGCGUCGACGCAUGAGCGCUGCUGGCGGCUGCCGAUCUUGCCCGAGCACACGGCCGAGCUCAAGGGCAGCAUGUGCGACUCGCGCAGCAUGGGCACGGGGCGGUACGGCGGGGCCUGCACGGCGGCCGCCUUUCUCCAGCAGUUUGUGGAAAAAGACGUCGCUUGGGCGCACGUCGACAUUGCAGGGCCGUCCAACUACUCGGCGCAGCGCUCGUACAUGCCGGCGGGGGCCACAGGCUUUGGCGUCCAAGUGCUCUUCGAGUACCUCAAGCGCAACGCGUAG